CCAGCCUUCAGUUUGAAUCUUCGGGCGGUUUUUACCUGCGGCAGCGAAAGGAAACUUUUAGAAUGGCCACCCCUGCCACCAGCCCCGACCAGGGCGCAUUUAAAACCCCUAAAAUUGUCCGAGUGAGGAGCACCGGAAGCACCAGCGGAACCCCCAUCACCAUCCCUGCCUCUCCUUUCAUGAAGAAGUUGGGUUGUGGGACUGGAGUCAACGUCUAUCUCAUGAACAGAGUGGGCAACCUAAAUGCAUCACCCUGGGCUGUGAAGAAGAUCAACAGUAAAUGUGCAGCCAAACAGGUGGCUGUUUACCAGGAGCGCCUCAACGAGGAGGCAAAGGUCCUGAAAGGAAUCAAUCACCCAAACAUCGUUGGUUUCCGUGCCUUCACCACUGCCAAAGAUGGCUCCAAGUGUUUGGCCAUGGAGUACGGAGGAGAGCAGUCCCUCAAUGACCUGAUAGAGAAGCGGAGGGAGGACGGCCUGAAAGCUUUUCCUGCCGCUAUUAUAGAGAAAGUGGCACUGCAUGUGGCUCGUGGCCUGCAGUAUCUACACAAUGAGAAGAAGCUGCUGCACGGGGACAUGAAAUCAUGUAACGUGGUCAUCAAGGGUGACUUUGAAACAGUGAAAAUCUGCGAUGUUGGCGUGUCUCUGCAGCUGGAUGAAAACAUGAAAGUGUCUGACCCAAAAGCGGAGUACAUCGGCACAGAGCCGUGGAAGCCCAAGGAAUGUUUGGAGGAAGGAGGAGAGAUCACAGACAAGGCAGACAUCUACGCCUACGGUCUCACUCUGUGGGAGAUGAUGACGCUGGCCAUGCCUCAUCUGGAGAUGCUGGAGGAUGAUGAGGGUGAAGUUUUAGAGGACUCUAUAGAGCUGAGUUUUGAUGAGGACGCCUACUAUGAGCGGCUGGGGACGCGGCCGGCACUGGACACCGAGGCUCUGGGCAGCUCGUACCGGAGAAUGGUGGAGCUCUUCUACCUCUGCACAGAGGAGGACCCCAAGAAAAGACCAACAGCCGCCCAGAUCGUCCAGGCUUUAGAGAGCAACGCCUCCCUGGACAAAACGCCCUCCGAGGUAAUCGUUAUCGACUGAGUUAUUCUGCUCGCUGUGUCAGAGGUGCAGGUUAGAAAUGUUUAAUGAAACUUCAUAAAUGUUGGGCUAAUAGAUUUUUUUUUUUUUUU